AUGGCUCAGAUCUUGCUCCACGGCACGCUCCACGCCACCAUCUUCGAGGCCGAGUCGCUCUCCAACCCGCACCGCGCCAGCGGCGGCGCCCCCAAGUUCAUCCGCAAGCUUGUGGAAGGGAUUGAGGAUACCGUGGGUGUCGGCAAGGGCAGCACCAAGAUAUAUGCCACCAUUGAUCUGGAGAAGGCCCGCGUCGGGCGUACACGUAUGAUCUCCAACGAGCCCAUCAAUCCUCGUUGGUACGAGUCCUUCCACAUCUACUGCGCGCACAUGGCUGCCGACGUCAUCUUCACCGUCAAGAUCGACAACCCCAUUGGGGCGUCGCUCAUCGGGAGGGCGUACUUGCCUGUCACGGACCUCCUGGACGGAGAGGAGAUCGACAAGUGGCUUGAAAUCUGUGAUGAGAACCGCAAGCCUAUUGGAGACAGCAAGAUCCAUGUGAAGCUUCAGUACUUUGAUGUUUUCAAGGACCGCAAUUGGGCGAGGGGUGUCCGGAGCACCAAGUACCCUGGUGUUCCUUACACCUUCUUCUCGCAGAGACAGGGUUGUAAGGUUACCCUGUACCAGGACGCUCAUGUCCCGGACAACUUCGUUCCCAGGAUCCCGCUUGCUGAUGGCAAGAACUAUGAGCCACACAGGUGCUGGGAGGAUAUCUUUGAUGCCAUAAGCAAGGCCCAGCAUUUGAUUUACAUCACUGGCUGGUCCGUGUACACCGAGAUCACCUUGGUUAGGGACACCAACAGGCCGAAACCUGGUGGUGAUGUUACUCUUGGGGAGUUGCUCAAGAGGAAGGCCAGUGAAGGUGUCCGGGUCCUUAUGCUAGUGUGGGAUGAUAGGACUUCAGUCGGCCUGCUUAAGAAGGAUGGCUUGAUGGCUACCCAUGAUGAGGAGACUGCAAAUUACUUCCAUGGCACGAACGUCAACUGUGUUCUGUGCCCUCGCAACCCUGAUGAUUCUGGCAGCUUUGUUCAGGAUCUGCAGAUAUCAACUAUGUUCACACACCAUCAGAAGAUAGUAGUGGUUGACCAUGAGCUGCCAAACCAGGGCUCCCAGCAAAGGAGGAUAGUCAGCUUCAUUGGUGGCAUUGACCUUUGUGAUGGAAGAUAUGAUACCCAGUACCACUCCUUGUUUAGGACACUUGACACCGUCCAUCAUGAUGACUUCCACCAGCCAAACUUUGAGGGUGGAUCAAUCAAGAAAGGUGGUCCAAGAGAGCCAUGGCAUGAUAUUCAUUCACGGCUGGAAGGGCCAAUUGCUUGGGAUGUUCUUUACAACUUUGAGCAGAGAUGGAGGAAGCAGGGUGGUAAGGACCUCCUUGUACGUCUCAGGGAUCUUUCUGACAUUAUUAUUCCCCCUUCUCCUGUGAUGUUCCCGGAGGACAAAGAAACAUGGAAUGUUCAGCUCUUCAGAUCCAUUGAUGGUGGUGCUGCUUUUGGCUUCCCUGAGACUCCUGAGGAAGCUGCAAGAGCUGGGCUUCCCGAAGGCAUCAAGCCAGAAGAAAUUGGUGCUCUUCACUUGAUUCCGAAGGAGCUCUCAUUGAAGAUUGUCAGCAAGAUUGAAGCUGGGGAACGGUUUACUGUUUAUGUUGUGGUGCCAAUGUGGCCUGAGGGUGUUCCAGAAAGUGCUUCUGUUCAGGCAAUCCUUGACUGGCAAAGGAGAACAAUGGAGAUGAUGUACACUGACAUCACACAAGCUCUCCAAGCCAAGGGAAUCGAAGCAAACCCCAAGGAAUAUCUGACUUUCUUCUGCUUAGGUAACCGCGAGGUGAAGCAGGAGGGAGAAUAUGAACCCGAGGAACACCCAGAACCUGACACUGAUUACAUCCGGGCUCAAGAGGCUAGGAGGUUUAUGAUCUAUGUUCAUACCAAAAUGAUGAUAGUGGAUGACGAGUACAUCAUCAUUGGGUCUGCCAACAUCAACCAGAGGUCCAUGGACGGUGCCAGGGACUCUGAAAUCGCCAUGGGCGCGUACCAGCCAUACCACCUGGCGACCAGGCAGCCUGCCCGUGGCCAGAUCCACGGCUUUCGGAUGUCUCUGUGGUACGAGCACCUGGGAAUGCUGGAUGAUGUCUUCCAGCGCCCCGAGAGCGUGGAGUGUGUGCAGAAGGUGAACAGGAUUGCCGAGAAGUAUUGGGAUCUGUACUCGAGCGAUGACCUGGAGCAGGAUCUCCCAGGCCACCUCCUCAGCUACCCGAUCGGUGUCACUGGUGACGGCACUGUUACUGAGUUGCCAGGGAUGGAGAACUUCCCCGACACCCGUGCCCGCGUCCUCGGCAACAAGUCGGAUUACCUCCCGCCCAUCCUCACCACAUAG